AUGGGGUUAGAUUCAUUACUUUUCAUAUUCUCGGUGGUCGACGAAGGAGCUCUGCUCUUUCUCGUUGUAUACUUUGUUAUCACUCUAUCAGAUUUAGAGUGUGAUUAUCUUAAUGCGACGUCAUGCUGCUCAAAACUCAACAAGUGGGUAUUACCAGAACUGGUUGCACAGUCUGUGCUUGCUUUUUUCCUACUGGUGUCAGGUCAUUGGAUUCUGUUCCUUAUGUAUGCUCCUGUUACAGCAUGGAUGGUGUUUAAAUACGUGACAAAACCUUCAGGAAAUAUAGGUCUCUAUGACCCUACAGAGAUUCACAACAGACACCAACUGAAAACAUACUUAAAAGAAAACCUCAUUAAAUUGGGAUCACACCUUAUCUUCUUUUUUGUUUUCUUGUAUUGGAUGAUCAUCUCUCUUUUGACCAAUGAGGCUACCGGAGCAUUUGGUUCACAGGCUGCUCUCUUGGCUAAUUUACCAGAUGUACAGAGUGCACAGGAGGUUAUGGAUGUUCUUGAUGAAUAACUUCAGAUGAUAAUGACACAGAAAUCAGGGAAUCAUGGUACAGAGAUGAAAUCUAUACUACGAUCAUCUAUUGUGUCUCCUCACAUCCUGAAAUCCUAUAGAAUACCAAGGAAUGAAGUGUCUAAAUGUCCUUUUUAUCAUAAAACACAUUUGCAGUGAACCUGUUUUUCUGACACCAGGAGUGACAUCUUUUUUUUAAAAAAAAAUUGAUAUUGGCCUUAAAGAACUUUAUGAUCAUGUCAGAUAUUUAAUACAGGAUGUCCUUAAUGGCUAAGUCAGAUUUCACUGCUACAUAACAUAUGUAAGUAUGUCAUCAUAGUAAAUGUCAGUCAUAUGUGUUAUUUUGGUGCAAUUUCAUCUUUUUUUUUUUUAAUGAGGGACCUGAACAAAUAAUGUUAAAAGAAAAAGCUAUUUUGUCAACCUUGAUUGUUGUGUUGGAUGUCAAUUCUUAUGCAGUUAACCAAUCAAAAUAAGCAAUCCAUUGCAGAUUUUUAUAUCGCUGCUUUCUGAUACCUGGUUGAUUAGUGGUGUGCUGGUUCAUGUAUAUGUUGAUAUUGGGGAGAUUUUCAACCUUUCAUUUUGCCUAGUGAGAGGUCGUGUGGCUUAAUAUUGUUUGAGGGUUUAUAUUUCACAAAAUUUGACACAUGUGACAGUUAAUGUGUAUCUGAUGGAACAAAGUGCUGAAAUAAAUGAUUAAAAUUACCAUUUGAACACUGCAAACAAAUUUGGUGGUACCUGUAAUCAUGUUGAUGUUGUAGAAACUAAUGUGUGUUGUUGAUUAGAACUGAUAUUCUUCUUGGACCAAGUAAUAUCUAACAGUAAUAUUACUUGAAAACAGAUCUGACAAAUUUCAGAUUCAUUUGAGAAUGAUUUUUUUAUCAGAUUAAGAAUACCAGAAUUCAGUUACAUAUUAUUUUUGUCAUUUAAUCCAAAAUACCAUCAUAUCCUUAUGUUCUGUUACAUCCGUCCUCAGUUUUCUGACAUAAAUUAAUGAUACCUUUUCCCGUGGGGAACAAAAGUUACACAUUUUAAGGACAAACUCGCCUAAGAUCUAAAUGAGUCAGAUUUUUUACAAGAGUAUCUCCUAAACUACUUGACAGGUUUCAGUUCAUGACGGUGAUUUCCUCAUUUUAUGAUGAUUAAAAAUGGCUGACGAUUUUGGUGAUGAUGGCUAGUGUCAAAAGUAAUGAAAAUGCUGGAUUUAUAAAUACUGAGUAUAUUUCAACCAAAAAAGGUAAACAGUGAUCAGAUUUACUUCAUGGGGUUCAUGGAUAUUAAGCUUUGGAGGUCAAAUUAACCAAUUUGUUGUAGAUGACAUCAUUCUGUAAAAAAAAAUAAUUUGGCAUUUUUCAACUUUAUUGGUAGCCAUCUUUGCCGACAUAGAGCAAAUAAUGGGAUUUGUGCAGUUGGCACAGUCAAAAGAAGUCAGGUUUUCUGAUUUGAUUUUGACAGAAUUUAUCCAAAGUAACAAAACCAAAAUCUUAACUUAAAAAAUGAUAAAAAAGGAAAUUGAAGUUGAUUAUUUUGAAACCAUUUUUUUUUUUUUAGUAAUAUUAUUCAAAUUAAAUAGAUUCCUUUUUUUAGGUAUGGACUCUCACUUUUUUAUUGGGCAUACCCCACAAGUUAAUAACCCCAUUUUACAUUAUAUAUCGAGUAAAGUAUAAAAACUUUUACUAAAGUGAUCAGAAUUUAACAUGUCCUAGUAAUGCUACAAUAUGAUGCAAUGUUGAUGUUCCAACUGUCAGAGAAUUAAAAUUAGACCUGGAAUUAUUUUAACAAAACUCGGACCACAUUUACGUUAGGAUACUACACCUUAUCAUAACAUGUUUGUUAUGUUUUAUAAUCUUCUAUGCAAAUAAUAUACUUCUGGUGUAAUGCCUUUUGUUCUCCCAUUGUAUAUGUUUGUAUAUUUACCAUUGUAUGGCAGUGUUUUAGUGUAAUGUUACCAAAGUCUGUUGUAUUUUAUCAACUUGUGAACUGUAAAGUGUCACAUGGAUAUUAACAAACUGAGAUUGCCUCUCGUUGUAUAAUAUCUAGAUAGAAAUUAAAAAAAGAUAACUCAAGUAUUAAACUUCAAUGAAAUUGACCUUACCGAAAUGU